ACAACCUUAUUUUGGUUAUGUAUACUCUUUGCUGGCUCUCAUUGAGAUAGGGAUGAAAUUAUAAGGUUCGUUUUUUAUUAAUUCCUUCUGAUAAUAUAGUGACUACAGAAUUCUGCAGCUGUUGCAGAUGGAAUGGUUUCGUUUGCUAACGGAAUAGAGUAGGUAAACAUAAAAAAAAUGUUUUGAUAAUUCUGUAUUUUGUACAUCCGAUGAUAUAAUGCGGUUUUACUCGCAACCGAUGCAGCGCAUCUAUUUCUGUAUACAGCUAGCAACGCAUAAUUAAACUUAAAGCAAAGAACGGCCAGCAUCAAUUAAAUAUAUUCGUAAAUAUAACAAGGGAUACAAUCGGAAAACUUUAGUAGUUAUUACAGAAAGCUACAUGUGUACAAGUGUAUGUACAAGUACUACAUUCUGUUUAAUAUAGCGUUGCCAAGGAAAUAUUGAUCAUCAUACUCUUAUAGAGUACUUAAUUUCAUUAAAAACCUGUUAAAAGUCAAUAUAAUGGAAUACGAUUUAGCAAGAAUUGAUUAUAUACUUUGCGGUAUUACUUAUCCUGACACUCUCAAAAUUCUGCCUAAUCCUGGUCACAAAACCCAGCAAAAGUUUGCCGUCGGAGAUAAGAAUGGUGUUCUCCAAUGCCUUUGUAUCAAAGACGAAGAGCCGAUUGUACAGUUCAAAACUUUACCCGGGAAACCAAUAACUUCAAUACAAGUCGCAUCAACAAAUGGUAAUCACAUAGAUAAAAUUUUUGCUGCAUCUGGCCAUGAAGUUAAGGGUUACACAAGGAAAGGCAAAGUAUUUCUCACUAUAGAAACUUCCGUGUCAGAAACAAUAACAUCAAUGUGUAUUUUGAAUAGUGAUUUGAUACUAUGCAGUGGACGGACGGUUACAUUCUACCGCGAUUUGAGAGAGAUUUACUCUUACGUUUGCGAAGAUCGAGUGCUAGACAUUGCUGCCUUUGCUGCUCCGAAUAGCACUCGAGUCCGCCUGCUGGUAUUGGUCGGCAACAAAGGGGCGGCAGUGAUAGAGAAUGGGGAGAUCCUGGCGCGGACACAGAUAUCGUCAGGACCGACUCGACUCAUCGUACCCACUGCGCACAGGUCGGCGGAAAUUGCCGUGUUUUACGGCGCCGCUGAUGGCUCCAUAGGACUCAUUCAAUACGAUUGUAGCUUGUUCAUCAGGACGGAUCUAUCGAGCAAAUGCCUGGUGGAAGGUGGCGGGUUGGGCGCUGUGGUGUGCGUGGGCUGGUACUUGAGCAAUGGCGCUCACUUGGCGGUGGGUCGGCACGACGGAUCCGUGCAGCUUUACCUUGUUGACUUGGACAAUGUUAAUGAAAAGCCGAGGUUAAAAUUUACCUACUUUUGUGGUGAGCCAAUAACAUCAGUAUGCGGCGGUAGCGUGGGCACAGAGGAAAUCGAACUAUUGGUUUCAACAUUCUCUGGUCGAGUGUUCGCGUUACGCUCCCAGCGGCUGAUCUCUGGAGGAGUAGCGUUGAAUAACAUGACACCCGAAGCGCUAGUUUCAAGAAGGAAUAAACUCGAGUUAGAAGUAGCGCGGUUAGAAAAGCAAACGGCUGCUGAGCGUGAAAAAUAUCAAAGAAAUACUCGAUCCUUAAAUGCCGGUAUGUCAACGCCGCCACUCUUAGAAAUACAAUACGAGUUAACAGGUGCUAUGCUUAAUGGUUGGCAAGAAGUGAUUAUCACAGCAGGCGUUCCUCUGGACAUGCUUUUUAUUUACUGCAAUAAAAAGCUUGAAGUGCAAACCGAUACUGCUGCCGUAUUAAGCGUUUGCCCUCCGCAGGGCAAUACUUCAGAAAUCCUUGCAACGGUGAGAUGUCAAGCUGGGACCAGACGUAUCUGGCUGCAAAUGAGGACAACUGUUAACUCUGGGCCAGAGAUUUCGGAGGGUACGCAAGUACUGGUGUAUGUGCUGCCCGCCGGCGCGCCGCGGGUCGCGAGGCUCAUCAAAUUAUCUUUGCCUGCUUUACCGCAAUACUCACAGCAUGAUGACCCGGACCGCGAUGAUGACAGAGUGUGGUGUGAACUACGCUUGUCGGGCGGGUUCUCCGUGGCUGAGAUGACGUCAUGGUUGAGCGAGGCGCUGCCGGGCGACCUGCCGAGGCCUGCCGCCAGCAUUGCCUUCGCCAGGGUGCACUGUCUAUUGAAGACGAUCCUUAUUUGCCGAUACCAACGAGGUUCAGCUUCAAUCAAAUCCGAUAAUGUAUCAACAAUAUCCACUUUGAAAGAUCUUUUAUCUUAUUGCUCCUUGAAGAGAGCGAUUCGUGUCGAUAUAUCUUGUGAUAUUCCAGAAAUGUGUUGUUCAAUUUUAUUUAAAAGUAUCAAGGAUCGAUUCCUAUCGGAAUAUCAAAGAAAAAAAGAAUUCAUAUUGAAAGAAGCUAUUGGGGCUCUUGAUUUAGAUAUGAAUACCAUAACUAAUGAAUCUGAACCCAUACUCUGUGAGGAAUAUCUACGAGUAUGGAAAUCAGUGGAUGAUACCAAAAAUGUACAAUAUUUCAAUGAAUUAGUUGCUACAGUGGAGCAAUGGUAUACUGAUUGGUGCAAAUUAUCUUUAUACGGUCGUGAUAACAGCAGCCAGAAAUCACAACUGAAGACAGCACUGCAGGACUGUCAAGUUAAUGAUAUUGAAAGAAUUCUUACUCUUAAAGAUUUACAGAUCGAUUCUCACAUGUGAACAUUAAAUAACAUUUGUUC